GACUAAUCCUCCAGGUUAAGACUCCGAAAAUCCGUAUAAGUUGUAUCAUGUACUUGCAGAAAUGUGUUUUUGUUUAUUAUUGUUAUUAUUGAUAUCUUAAACAGGGUUCAAUACCCAGCAAGUUGUCAGUGGCCCUUCCAUCCCAACAACAGCACUCAGGUACUUGGGUGUUAGUUACCUUGCACCUGCUGUCCCUGUUCAUCAAAUAGUCAGAAAUGAUUCUGCACUAAAAUAUUGUAAAAGUUGUAUACUGUACCACAAAAAUGAAAACUAGUGGAGAUUUCCGUGAUCACCUCGUGGACCUCACAGAGACUGGGAACAAAGCGGGAGAUUUAAACAUAGAUAAACAACCACAACGCAAGAGUACUCCUGGUCGCAUGAAGCUUGAGAAGUGGCUUCAUUCAUCCAUGAAGAUUGAAAUGACUGAUGGUCGUACUCUAGUUGGAUCCUUUGUAUGUACCGAUCGAGAUAAUAACAUUAUUCUUGGAUCUUGUACAGAACAUCUCAGACCAGAUGAGCUGGAGACGACCCUCUUAAGGACAUAUACAGAGGAUGGACGAGAGGAGGAGCCAAGAGUCUUGGGGCUAGCUAUGAUUCCUGGGAGGCAUAUUGUUUCAAUCUGCAUUGAUGAAGCUUCCCAGCCUCCCCAGCCCCCUACAAGCUUAUAUACAUAACACUGGUGUUUCGGAGCAAGCAGCUGCUGGUCUGCAUGAAUAUGGUAAAUUUCAUUUUGCAUUUGUGAAAAAUUACAAAAAAGUAGAUGUCAAUACUUGACACUUUGCCAAAAUAGAAAAAAUGUUACACUGUACAGUACAUCAUGAUACAACUAUAUUGGCAGUUCUAAUAAAAAGUCAGUUAAGGUAUAAAUUGUAAAUCAUACCUUUGCUGAACUAUUCAGCAUAUUAUGAUGAACCAAUUUUCAACUUUAUUUAAUUUGCAAAUUUUAGAAUUUUCUCAUAUUUUUUAGGGUGUCACUAUACAAUUUUUGUUUCUCUAUGUGGUACAAAUGAUGUAAUUUACAUGUAAGAAAACUUUGGUAGGCACACAAGAAAGCCACUAAUUAUGCAGUGCAUUAUGGGCAAACUAAUCCUAAUGCUUAAAUGUUAUUUAAGAUCCACUUCACACCUAUAAACUUUGAUUUUUUUUUUUUUAAGGCUUGGACACCACACAGCACCUCCAUACUGUGUUCCAAUUUUAGCAUAAUAUGUAUUGCAUAUAGCUUUCCACCAUCUUUCAGUUUUAUAUUUGAAAGCUAUUUUAUGGUUUAUUCAACCAGUGGAAGAUAUACUAGGAGAAAAGGUGAUGGUAUGUGCCUUCCACUUAGUCUUAGUUGAUAAGAGAACCUAGCACUUUUGGGGGUGUCAUUUUGGAUUGUGUAGUAGCAGACCUGGAGAAUAUACAGAGAGUUUUCUCUUGAUGUUUAAGUACAAUAAAGCACUUAAAUUACUGGGAAUGGUUGAGGUCCACUGACCUGUACUCCUUGGAAUGCAGGCAAGAUACAUGAUAAUAUACACUUGGGAAAUCUUAAGAGGGACUAGUUCCAAAUCUGCACGUGAAAAUCACUCCCUACGAAAUUAAAAGACUGCAAGUGGUGCAACAUCCUCCCCAGUGAAAAGCAGGGGGACCACAAGUACACUAAGAGACAACACAAUAAGUGCCAUGGGCCCAAGACUGUUUAACUGCUUCCCAGCAUACAUGAGGGGGAUUAUUAUUUUCUUUCAACACAUCAGCCGUAUCCCACCGAGGCGGGGUGGCCCAAAAGGAAAAACAAAAGUUUCUCCUUUUACAUUUAGUAAUAUAUACAGGAGAAGGGGUUACUAGCCCCCCGCUCCCGGCAUUCUAGUUGCCUCUUACAACACGCAUGGCGUACGGAGGAAGAAUUCUGUUCCACUUCCCCAUGGAGAUAAGAGGAAAUAAACAAGAACAAGAACUAGAAAGAAAAUAAAAGAAAACCCAGAGGGGUAUGUAUAUAUACGCCUGUACAUGCAUGUGUAGUGUGACCUAAGUGUAAGUAGAAGUAGCAAGAUGUACCUGAAAUCUUGCAUGUUCAUGAGACAGAAAAAAGGACACCAGCAAUCCUACCAUCAUGUAAAACAAUUACAGGCUUUCGUUUUACACUCACUUGGCAGGACGGUAGUACCUCCCUGGGCGGUUGCUGUCUACCAACCUACUACCUAUUGGGGAUUAUUAUUAUUAUUAUUAUUAUAAUGAAAGCCAAGUGCUAAUGUGGGGGAUUACCAAUAGACCCCUGGCUGUCUUCAAGAGGGAACUGGACAGGCCCCUAAAGCCAGUUCCUGACCAACUGGGCUGUAGUUCAUACGUCAGUUUGCAUGCAGCCAGCAGUAACAGCCUGGUUUAUCAGGCCCUGAUCCACUGCAAGGCCUGGUCAUGGACUGGGCCGCAGGGGCAUUGACCCUUGACCACUCUCCAGGUAUACCUCCAGCAACUACAGUGGACCCUCGACCAACGAUAUUAAUCCGUUCCUGAGAGCUCAUCGUUAAUCGAAAUUACCGUUAGUCAAGCUAAUUUUCCCUACAAGAAAUAAUGGAAAUCAAAUUAAUCCGUGCAAGACACCCAAAAGUAUUGAAAAAAAAAAUUUUUUACCACAUGAAAUAUUAAUUUUAAUACAUACAAACUGAAGAAGACAUGUACAAUUACAUGACACUUACCUUUAUUGAAGAUCUGGUGAUGAUUAAUGGGAUGGGAGGGGAGAGUGUGGAUGGUGUUAGUGUUUAGAAGGGGAAUCCCCUUCCAUUAGGACUUGAGGUGUCAAGUCCUUUUCCGGGGUUACUUCCCUUCUUCUUUUAAUGCCACUAGGACCAGCUUGAGAGUCACUGGACCUCUGUUGCACAACAUAUCUGUCCAUAGAGGCCUGUACCUCCCGUUCCUUUAUAACAUUCCCAAAGUGUUUCACAACAUUGUCAGUGUCACAAUUAAACACUUGUUCAGGUUUCAAUUCUUCACUCUCUAUGUACAACUUGAAUUCCUGCACAUAUUUUUCAGCUGCUUUUUGGUCCGAACUGGCAGCCUCACCAUGCCUUAUCACACUAUGUAUGCCACUACGAUUCUUAAAUCUCUCAAACCAACCUUUGCUGGCCUUAAAUUCACUCACAUUACCACUAGUUGCAGGCAUUUUUCUAAUUAAAUUGUCAUGCAACUUCCUAGCCUUUUCACAUAUGAUCGCUUGAAAGAUGCUAUCUCCUGCUAUCUGUUUUUCGUUUAUCCACACCAAUAACAGUCUCUCAACAUCUUCUAUCACUUGCGAUCUCAAUUUCGAAAACAUAGUUGCACCUUUGGCAAGAACAGCUUCCUUGAUUGCCGUUUUCUUGGCCACAAUAGUAGCGAUGGUUGAUUGGGGUUUUGUGUACAACCUGGCCAGCUCGGAGACACGCACUCCACUUUCAUACUUAGCAAUGAUCUCUUUCUUCAUAUCCAUGGUAAUUCUCACCCUUUUUGCUGAAGGGUUGGCACUAGAAGCUUUCUUGGGGCCCAUGGUGACUUACUUUGCAGGUGCAAUCACUAUAAACGCUGUGAUAAUAUGAAAUGUUCCGAUUGUAUGUUUGGAUGGGACCGCGGUGGCUGGCUGGCUUGUAAACACUGGGCACAAGUGGACGUGUCUCGAAUGGAACGAAUCGUGUUGGUCGAAAUUUUUAGAGCUAGUCGAAGCAAAAAUUUUGCGUUAAAAUGUAUCGCUAGUCGGAUUUAACAUUAGACGAUGCCAUCGUUGGUCGAGGGUCCACUGUACUUGGGUACAGCAUUAGAAUAUGAUGACAGUGACCAAGGAAGCAGUGACUUGAUAUACUGUCCUUAUACAUCCGUAUAACUUCAAAAAGUCCUUUAAUUGUCCAGCACUUAUGGAAUUAAGAUUUAACCCAUAAACGGUCCAAACGUAUAUAUACAUUCACUACCGUACUGCCCCAACUUUUUUGAGAAAAAAAAAAAAACGUUUUUAAUAAGAAAAAAGAGCAUAUGGUACCCAGGCAUCUCCAAUUAUUUUAAUAUU